AUGAUUCUUCGUGGCUUUGGCGGCGAGGUAGAUGGACAGGAAAGAAUUAGAAAGAUACUCUUACUUAGCUAUAAAACUUAUCAAGUUAAAGAGACUCGUGAUGGCAAAUUGGUGAAAUGUGGUCUUCAUGAUAUUUUGCGUGAAAUCAUUGUUUCAAAAUCUAAAGAGCAGAGCUUCACAGCCAUAAUCACUGGAUAUUGCACAAGAUGGCCUGACAAAGUUCGACACCUGGCAAUGCAUAACUUCACUGAUAAUCCUCCACAAGGUUUCAGCAGCUUAAAGUGUCUUCGGUCCGUGGAAACAUUCGGGUAUGAAGAUCCUCUCACAACUUCAUUUUUGUCCAAGUUUUUAUGUGGUGGUCCCAAGUUCCUAAAGGUUUUAAAUUUGACGGGAGCUGAAUUGGACAACAUCCCAAAGGAAGUUUUCAAACUAUUUCAUCUCAAGCAUCUGGAUCUAAGUGGCACCAGAGUUAAAGUCAUCCCAAAAUCUAUUGGGCAGCUUCAAAACCUAGAAUUUUUAAAUCUGUUCGGAACCACUAUAACGGAGUUGCCCGUGGAAAUUAUAAAGCUGAGAAAACUCCGUUCCCUUCGCGUAGGCAGAAGUGGUGAUUAUUCAGAUAACUUUGCACUUUGGGGCUUUAAAUCUCCGGAUGGAAUUGGAAAGCUUACUUCCUUGGAGAGGCUGCAAUGUAUAGAAGCAGAUAGUGGUAAAGUAGUAAGGGAGAUUGGGAAGCUCGUUCAGUUGCGGCAAUUAUCCAUAACAAAGCUGAGAAGAGAAGAUGGAAAAGAGUUGCUCUACUCCCUGUCAAGGCUGACCAACCUUCGAGAGUUGUAUAUCUGCUCCAUUAAAGAAGAGGAGACCCUUGAUCUCCAACAUUCCGUCUCUCCAAGACUUGGAUUUCUUACGAGGCUGUCGCUGACUGGGCGUUUAGAGAGAGUACCGGAAUGGGUAAUGUCACUUCAAUCCUUGGGCACUUUAAUCUUGCAGAAUAGUGAGUUGACUGAAGAUGAGAAUGCAAUAGACUGCCUCGGACACUUGCCCAAUCUGGUACACCUUGCUCUUCAUAAUGGUUACGAAGGGGAGGCAUUGUGCUUUAAGGCUAGAACAUUCCCAAAACUCCAGAUGUUAGGCCUUGGGCAUUUAAAAAGACUGAAAUGGGUCAGAGUGGAAGAGGAGUCAUUGUCCAGUCUCCAACAGUUUGUAAUUGCUGGUUGCAAGCUUAUGGAGGGCCUGCCUUUGGGCCUCCAAAACUUGACCGAGCUUAAACUUCUUGGGUUGUUUGAUAUGUCUGAUGAGCUAAUCCACAAAGUACAGAAUUUGGAUAAACAAAGUGAAGAUUAUCUGACAAUUUCUCAUAUACCUCAAGUUGGCAUUGGACACUGGAUAAAUGGAAAAUGGAAAGGAGAGUUCCUCUAA